CAAGGUGGCUGGACGCUGUACGUAAUCGGUAUCUUAUACAUGUUUUUAGGCAUAGCCAUCGUAUGCGACGAUUACUUCGUGGCUUCGUUGGAAAAGAUUUGCGACAAGCUCAACCUGAGCGAAGACGUCGCAGGCGCGACGUUCAUGGCGGCGGGAUCGUCUGCUCCAGAACUCUUCUCCUCUGGGAUGAGCUUGAUAUCCCCCGACGCUACGAAUGAGAUUGGAAUUAGCGCAAUCGUUGGUUCCGCAGUUUUCAACAUACUCUUCAUCAUAGGUGCCACGGUGCUCUGCGCUGGUCAGACGCUCGAGUUGGAUUGGCGACCGGUGACGCGCGAUUGCUCGUUUUACGCCCUCGCCAUUACAACCAUUCUGCUGAUCUUUCACGACGGUGAAGUGUACUGGUACGAGGGGCUGAUUUCAGUUAUAUUGUACUUCACGUAUGUCUGUUUCAUGUGUUACAACGAAAAAAUUAUGCGAUGGAUGAGUGGUAAAGGUGCGAAACAACCGAAUCCCGAGCCGGCGCCCCUGGCGAUGCCAGUCUUGCGACGCGCAGAUACGCGUCGACAGUCUCGAAGACCGACGAAGGAGGAAACUCACGGUGUCGAUGAAGGAUUCGAAUGGCCCGAUUCCAUGGCCGCGGUUCCAUUACACGUCCUGGGCCUACCGUGGAGAUAUGCAUUUCAUUACACCAUUCCAGACUGCUCAAAGCGCCAUCUCGAGAAGUGGUUCGUCGUCGCCUUCCUCGCGUCCAUCUCAUGGAUCAGCGUGAUUUCCUACUUUAUGGUUUCAUGGGCCGCUCGCAUGGGAUGCAUAAUCGGGAUCCCCGAAGUCGUCAUGGGAAUGUUGGUCGUCGCCGCCGGUACCUCGAUCCCAGAUGCUCUCGGUUCCAUUGCCGUGGCGAAAGCCGGCGAAGGCGACAUGGCCGUAGCGAACGCCGUCGGCAGCAACGUGUUUGACAUUUGGCUCGGCCUCGGUCUUCCUUGGCUCAUCAUUUUACCGACAAAGCCAGGCGGCCGAGUACUCAUCGAGACAUCUCAGCUCAUGCCUUCCAUCGGUAUUCUCUUUGGCGUGCUAGCCAUGUACUAUUUCGCGUUAUUUUUUAAUGGCUGGCGACUCACUCGUCGCGCUGGGGGCGCCUUCCUCGUCGCGUAUCUCCUCUUCGCGGGCUACUGCAUCUUA